AUGGGCAUCGCCAUGAGCCUAGUGGGCAAGAUGGGUAAGCUUCUCCCCUCCCUGAAUCUGUUGGGUCUCCUUCGACAACUGUCGCCACCCCUCGUCCUUCUCCUCUCCUUACUGAUGCAUCUGAUGCAUGCAUGCCUUCGACGAAGAACUCUUUCUCCUUUGAAUGCAUCGGGAUGAUCUGCCGUUGACCCUGAUCGCCGAUGUGAUUAUCCUUUUGAAACCCCAGAAGUCAACGCCCGUCGACCCCGUAGGAUGUUACCUCGGCAUCUCUAGCAUCAACCGAGGGGGGUGGGGUGUGAUUGUUGAUAUGCUUUGCUUGUGCUUAAACAUGAAGCGAAUAUUAGCCGUGUUUGAGCAGAGAUCUUGGUCACUCGGGCUCCUCGGCCUCCACGGUUGUUCGUGAAAAAUCAACCACCCCCUGAUCCCGAGAGGUCUCAACGGGUGUGGGUCUGACUUCGUUGGCUUCUUCCUAGGGAUGCCUGUGUCUCUCUCGGCAUUGACCGACAGGAUUUUCGAUCAGUUCUUCAGCAAGGAGAUCAAAACCUUUGAGGAAUUCCACAUCCAUUACCUUGAGGUUUGCAAGUAAGGCUUCUUCUGUUCUUAUUUCCAACCAAUAAAAUCUUUACGUCUACACCCCCGCGAGUAGAAAACUGAUCCUCCCGACUUUCUCGCAGCAAGCUGAAUUCAACCAUGAUCGGGCAACACUACGUGGCGCCGGAAAUGGCGAAGAUCAAGGUCAACGCGAAGAAUUCAACUCGUGUGCAUUUUUUUCAUUGAGAUGCUGAGGUUCGUUCUACAUGCAGGAAUGCUACAAUAAUUGGUCGAAGGAAGCGGACACCCAGAAGAAGAAGGACCUGAUCGUCAGCCUCCUGACAGAUCACGUCAAGCUGACCCAGACCGACCCUUCGGUGAUGAUGACCGCCCUGGUGGUGCCGCCCGCCGCCAUGAUCCUCAAGAGGGCUGGAGAGAACGUCCCCCAGGUUAAGAGAUUCCGGCUGAACCUCGUCCCCGACUAUCUCUUCGUUCCCGCCGUCACCUUCUUCGCCCUCUUCGGAACCAAGGCGCUGAAGAAUCAGGCCUAG